AUGCUGCUCAUUUCCUUUCGUCUUAACCUUCUCCACGGCAUAUCCAUCUUCCCCACAAAGAAAAAAUGGGCCUAGGUGCAACAAGUUCGGAUCCGGAUAUUUUGUACUUUGAAGCUUUCUUCUGUUUAUGUUCCCCUCGAUUUACAGUCAGAUUUGCGUGUAUUGAUGUUUUUGGAUCUGGUUAUGAUUCAUGUCAUAUCUUGAUUUCCGUUUCAAUAUUUUUUUUUUUUGAACCUCCUGAAAAUUGGAAUUCCGGUUCAAUAUUAUGUCGUUAGUCUUAUCAUUUUAUAAGAUCUGAGAUUCAAAGGAGAUAGAUCUUGAUUUGGGGUUGUUGAUUUGGUUUGUGUUUGGUUUUCAGUUAUGAUGGGGCUGUCUUUUGCGAAGCUGUUCAGUGGGCUUUCUGCGAAUUCUUAUGGUGAGUCUUCAUGCCGCUGGUGAGACCGCCGUUCUGUAUAAGCUCAAGUUUGAAGAGAUAGUGAGUACUAUUCCCAUAAUUGGGUGUAAUGUGGAGACUGUGGAGGAUAAGAACAUCAGCUUCGCCGUUUUAAAUUUUCUUUAUUGUUUCGGCCCAGGAGCAUGGACGAUCAUAGAAUAGAGAUAUCAUCUAACGAGGAAGAGGGUAACCGAGAACAUGCAUCGGGGACACCAUCCAUCAUGGAAAACGAAGCCGGGGAUUCAACUUCAUCCAAGGAUUCCAUCUUCAGAAUUCCAGGCUUGUUUAAAAUACGUAAUGAAGAAGCUUAUAAGCCCUAUAAAUUUUCAAUUGGUCCCUGGCAUGUCGGUAAAACACAGAUGUUGCGCUCGGGACAAAAAUUGAAAGAGUCCCUUCUUGAAAAACUCAUUAAUCGUUUCCCAGAUCCAGCAGCAAAGAGGAGCGAGUUGAAAAAUACCAUAAAAAAGGAGCGUGACAAGGCUAGAGAUUGUUACGAGGGAGGGUGUGUUGAUGUUGAGGGAAAAGAUAUAAAUGUGGCCGAAGAAGAAUUUGAGGAAAUCUUGCUACUGGAUGGUUGCUUCAUUAUCGAGUUGUUCCGCAAGCAUGAUGAAUUGUUCAGCAAGGAUGUUGAGCAGGUAUCCAUACAAGAAACUGGGUUUCCAGACUUAUUAACGGGUAUGAUUCAUGUCAUUUAUCACGACCUAUUAUUGUUAGAUAACCAAAUACCUUGGUUUGUGCUUGAGCUCUUGUUUAACGAGACCAAUGAGCACCUUCCACGCAGGAAUUCGACUUUGGUUGGGCUGGCCGGAAAAUUCUUUAGACAUGUUUCUUCUUAUGAACCUCAAGAACUGCAAAGGCUUCUAUCAGGGCACAAUUCAGGAAUUAUACACCUGGUUGAUUUUCUGUGGCGUUUCUGGAAUGUCUCAUCAGAAAAGGGACGAAUAGACUUUGAGUUUUUGGAUUAUGGGACCCUUAUUCCAUCUGUCACCAGACUUAAAGAGGUGGGAGUCAAAUUUCAAAAAGCCGAGUCAAGAAACAUCUUGAAUGUAAAAUUUAAGAACGGUGUCCUCGAAAUCCCACCUUUGACGAUUACUCCAUCGACAGAAACCAUCUUCAGGAACCUCAUCAUCUUUGAGCAAUGUAGCCUUCUUUGCACGCCAAGGGUGACAAGUUACGCCAUACUCUUAGAUUGCCUGGUCGACACCUCAGAUGAUGUGCAUUUAAUGAACAGAGAAGGAAUUCUUGAAAACACGUUAAACCCUGAGGAAACGGCUAAUUUCUUGAACAGAGUCCGUGAUAACGCUUUGACACAAGAGCUCUUUUAUGCACGACUUCGCAAAGAUGUCAACGAAUAUUGCGAGAAGAGCUGGCCGAGAUGGCGAGCUUCUUUGAUCCAUAACUAUUUUACUAAGCCAUGGGCUAUCGUUUCUACUUGGGACCUAAAUUGCAUGGGAAAAUUUAUGGCUCAAAUUUUACAGGAAGAGCUGCGUCCAUAUUUCUCAUUGCCAAAGAUCAUGGAUGGCCUUUUCAACCUUGCUAAUACAUUUUUUGGAAUUGUUAUUGAGCCUGCUGAUGGUCUAGCUCCUGUCUGGAACAAAGAUGUCACAGAGAAAAAAGGAGGUGCAUGGAUGGAUGAAGUUGUUUCUCAAAGUCGUGUACUGUCACGUAAUGGAUCUGCUGUGAGGUUGCCUAUUGCUCAUAUGGUUGAGACUGUCUUGCAUGAAUUUGGCCAUGCACUUCAACAUAUGCUGACCAAGCAAGAUGAAGGUUUAGUUUCUGGCAUUUGGGGGAUUGAGUGGGAUGCUGUUGAGUGAAUUGGUAUUACCGUAGGGAUACUUUAAUGAGGAUUGCAAAGCAUUAUCAAACCAGGGAGAGUCUCCCUGAAGAUGUGUAUUUGAAGCUCCUUUCUGCAAGGACUUUUCGUGCUGGUUCUCUUAGUCUUCAUCAGGCCAGUUCAAACUUCAAACUUCAUCCUUUUUUCUACCUUUGUUUUGCUAUUUCAAUGCAGUAACAAUGCUUCACCCAGAAUUGUGCUUAUGUUCUUAUUACCCUUUUGACUCUUUCCUCUUUUACUUCUAAUUCAUAAAUAUGAUACUGGAAC